UUUUCUCUCCCAUCCACAAUCAAAAUCUUAUGUAGACAUGGCGGCCUCAACCAGCUAGCUAAUAAACUACUCUCACCCACCCACGUCUUCUUCUACUUCAAUCAUAUAACCUUUUCCUCACACUCCCACUAUCCAGACCCUAACUCUAAUUCAAAUACCAUUUCAUUUCAUUUCAUCUCUAAACUAAACGUUCAAUCAAAAUGAGUAAUAACAAUGAUCAACUUCCAAAAUCCACACAUUCAACAACUCUAUUAACCUACACUAAAAAAGAAACCCUAGAUUCCAGAAUAUUCGGUAAAGGCCGUUACAAAUUUUGGGCGUUAACAGCCAUCCUCCUCCUCGCAUUCUGGUCAAUGCUCACCGGAACCGUCACUCUCCGCUUCUCCGCCGACAAUCUCAACCGUUUCUCCGACGAUAUUGCCGCCGGAUCACCGAUCCGCAACGAUUUCGACAUACUUGAGAUUGAGGAGAGGGUGAAGGUUGUUGAGCAUAUGUGGGAUGUGUAUGUUAAUAGCCGUCGGAUCAAUUUGCAACGGUUCUGGCAGGAUGCGUUUGUGGCUGCUUAUGAGGAUUUGACUAGUGAUGUAGUUGAAGUGAGAGAAGCUGCUAUAACGGAGAUUGCUAAGAUGUCUUUUCGGUUUAUUGAUCUUGAUCUACCGCCUCCACAAUCAACGAUCCUGAUUUUAUCGUUGCAACAGAAUUUACACGAACUGAGUUUGAGAGAAAUACAGCAGAACAAGGUGUUCAUGUCAGAUGGAAGUAAGCUAUAACACGAGGAUCAAACCAAAGAAGAGGAUGCCAUUUUUUGUAUAGGUCAAAUCUGCACGUUAAUUUCCUGCGAGUGUAGUUCUCUAAGAAAUCAUAGCCCUUUUUUAUGUGACAUGUCAAACAAUUUUGUAUAUCUUCAGGUAUGAGUAUGUAUGUUAAGGCCUUUUUUUUCUAA